GCCUCAUCUACCACCAUGUAUUCAAGUAAGCCAAAAUAUUCCCAAACCGGAAAGAGCAAAUCCACCCACGCAUUAUUUUCGAGUUCAAUUGAUCUAAGAGUAAUGGGUUUUCAAAGGGAACGAAGGGUUGACAAAAGCGUCGGCGGUCAACAUCAGAACUUCAGGUUGGCAUUCCGCCAGCAAAAGGGGAAGCGACUUUUUAACACACGUCUCCCCCAUCCUCCACCCACACCACCGCUCACCUUGCCCCUGAUCAAAGACAAAGAACCUCCCCUUGCAGCAGUAGGCCCGUCCACCGAUGACCACCGACAUCAUCCCAUCACCACCAUGGAGUGAUUCGGCCCCUCUUCUUUUCUGUCCUCCAUCUCCUCUAGCGAAAUCACGGCAACGAUAACAACCAGGGAUGUGGAGAUAUGGAAGGUUUCGAAUGGGGAAGGCAUGUAUGGUUAUAUUGGCUAUGAGGCUGCCCUUUUUUAUGGCACUUAAAAAAUGCUUUUUGAAAAACUGGUGAUUCUACAUUCCAAUAAUUGCAUAUUGUGGUUCAACGUGAAAUUGAGUACUUGCAAUGCUCCAAGGGUAAUCAAGAAGCUAUUGGCUUUGGUGGUGUGCUUAUGGAUGACAAAGGAGCAAGGAAUUCAGGAGUGCAUACUCGGACAAGGAGAGACUCAAGUAGAAAUGGAGAUGGAUUUGCUGCAAGUAGUGAAUCUAACCAAAGAAAAUCCAACUCCUCAUCGCCCUCAUAGGAAUCUGAUUGAGAAUUGUCAAAUUUGUAGUAAGAGCUCUAUGAAUCACACUCCACAAGAGGGGAACAAAUUAAUUAAGUGACUGAUGUUCUGGAUUAUGUUGGCGAGACUCAAUGGUGGUGUUAAUAUGAAACACUCAAUUGUGAUUUCCAAAAGGGAAAUCUUCUUGCAGCUAACAUUGUAGCGGCUGAAUGUGAGAGGCAAUGCGGCCUUUAUGCGGUUCCUGUCAU